AUGUCCGGGAGGGGCAAGGAGUACGACGAGGAGGUCGCAGCCCUCGGGCUGGACCCGAAUCACAUCGCGACGCUGCCGGAGGUGGAGGGAGAAUGGCUGCGGGGCGGGCCGAGGAGGCGGUCGAGCAAGGCGCAGUGGUCUCCGAUCGAGGACGACAUCCUCCGCAGAGCCGUGAAGAAGUUCAACCAGAAGUCCUGGAAGAGCAUCGCCGCGUACCUCCCGCACCGCACGGACGUCCAGUGCCUGCACCGGUGGCAGAAGGUCCUGAACCCCGAGCUGGUCAAGCGCACGUGGACCGCGGACGAGGACGCGAAGAUCGUCGCGCUGGUGGAGGAGCACGGGCACCGGUGGGCGCAGAUCGCGGAGCACCUCCCCGGGCGCAUCGGGAAGCAGUGCCGCGAGCGCUGGCACAACCACCUCAACCCCGACAUCAACCGCACCCCGUGGACCGACGAGGAGGACGCGCGGCUGAUCGAGCUGCACCGCCAGCACGGCAACCGCUGGGCCGAGAUCGCGCGGCUCAUGCCCGGCCGGACCGACAACGCGAUCAAGAACCACUGGAAUGCGACGCUCAAGAAGCGGCCGGGGGUCAAGGCCGCGCGGCGGGCCAAGCCGCCCGGACCGCCUGCGAAGCGCGCGCCGGCGUCGGAGCCGUCGACGGGCGUCGUGUCCGCGGUCGCGGAGGAUGAGCGGGACGCCGGGGCGCGCGAGGCGGCGCCGGGGGCGCGCGUGCCGCGCCUGGAGCUGAUGCCGCUCCUGAACGCGCUCCAGGCCGAGGCGAUGCCGCCGCCGCCGCCCGCGCAGCAGUUCGGCGCCGCGGGGUCGUCGUCGGGGGGCACGGUCGUCGAGGCCGGGCCGGGCGGCGCCGUCGCGGCGGGGGGAGCGGGGGCGCACCCGCUGGGCGCCCGCCGCCGCCGCCCGCCGACGCGGCCGGUCAGCAGCGCGCGCGCGGCGCGCGAGGCGGCGGCGGUGUGGCAGCAGGCGUGCGGCGCCAGCCCGACGGGUGCGCCGCCGGAGCAGCCGCCGCGGUGGGGAGUCAGACGCGCGGCAGCGAGGGGCGGGCAGGCGGCGCAGCAGGCCGUGACGCCGUCCGACACGCCGCGCAGCCGCGAGGGCGACUCGAACGCGCACCCGUCGGCGUCCGGGGGCGACGUAUAUCUGCACUCGUACGCGUCGUCGCCGUACGCCACGCCGGCGCGCGCCGGGACGACCGGCGCGGCGGGCGGCGCCGCAGCAGCGGGCCUGGACGGCGCGCUCUUCUCGCACGGGACGCUCGACGGCCUCCAGGGCCUCGGGACCGUCCAGCGCGGCCCUCACCUCGGCAGCAGCGAGCAGCUUCUACUGCCGGGGUCAGGCCUGGGGGGGGUCGCGGCGAUGCUGCUCGGCGCGACGGGCCUGUCCCCCCUGCCGCACUCGCCCGCGAUGCCGCUGUGCACGGCGUCGCCGCAGGUGCUGUACGUCCCACAGGCCCUCACGGGCGCCGCCCGCGGGCUCCUGCAGUCCCCACGACGGGUCUUCGCCGGCGACACCCCGCAGGCGCGCCUGCGCGCCGCGGCACAGGCCUUUGCCGGCUCGCCGUCGAUCAUGCGGCAGCGCUGGACCCCCGAGCGCGCGGGCGUCCCGUGCGAGCUCGGCCUGACAGGCGGUCUCGCAAACACCCCCCCGCCCGCGGCGACGCCGGCGCGCGGCGAGGCGUCCUCGCACACGGCGGAGGCGGCGGAGGACCGCACGGGCAAGGCGGCGGGCCAGCGGACCGGCGACGGCACCGUCGAGGUGGCGGAGGUCCACAAGGGUUCCAUGGCGUCCGUCGCGGUGCUGCACGGGCACCGUCUGUCUGGGCUGUUCGCGGGCGCCGCGGAGAGCGAGGUGGUGGAGGAGUGCGCGGGGCACACGGCGAAGAGGCACCGCGUGGCGUAG